GGAUUCGCCACAUGGCUGGCCAUUGGAUUGGCUGUUGUUUGUCUUCCAUACCUGCGCUGGAAACAGCCAGACCUGCCCCGACCUAUUAAAGUGAACCUCAUUUGGCCCAUCAUUUACAUCUUAGCGUCUAUAUUCAUAACAGUGGUGCCAAUGCUUGCGGACCCAGUGGGCACUGGAUUCGGAUGUCUUAUUAUACUGACUGGAGUUCCCGUAUAUUUCCUUUUUAUUGCGUGGAAAAGGAAACCCAAAGUUAUACAAAACGCUUUCGAUUGGUUUACAUUAACUUUUCAGAAGAUUCUGGUUGUCGUGCCAUCAGAAAAAUCUCAACAAAUAUAAUCAUUUUAAAGACAUUCAUUAAAUAUUAUUCAAAUUGAUAAAUUGUCUAAAUUGAAUGACAUUUAUCAGAUGAUGAUAAUAAUAUACUAUUAUAACUGCAGUUAACUAUAGUCUUAAUGAUUAAUUGAUGUCAGUCUACAGUUCACCGUUGCGUCCGUUUGACAAAUAUUUUCAAUAAGAAAUCAUUUCUGAC